UCUGCUAUCAGAUGUCUUUGACAGCCAGACAUGCCUCUUCUCUCAGCGUUCGUGCGUCAGGAGCAGCCGUGGGUACGCCUCUUCCGACCCACUGUGCCUCGGUAGCCGAGCAAAAAGAGUCCUCCGUUUUGCUUGCUUUAUAGGAAACAAAUCUGUUAGAGAUAAACGGGUGCUCUUCUGUUUUUCGGCCGAAGGAAACAAUACCUGUACUUUCUGACCCAGAGCUGACCAGAAGCACGGGGAAGCCGCUUGGAGCGUCGCCAAACCCCACAACCAAAACCCAGCCCUGCUUUGAUUACGCGCCGAGAGGGGGAGCAUGUUGAGAUUGUGACAACCCCAAGUGUACUUUACGAACUCCGCAGUGUUAUUACUGGUCUGGAAUCUAACCUGGCUCACAGACGCGGCCACUAUCAAAGAACCACCAGGGAAAAAAUGCUUAGACAACGGCAUGUGUGAUACUCUAAAUUAAAUGACUAUUUACUGAACUAUUUAAACUGUUUUAUCUUAAAUAUUUUGUAAUGGACAUGUCUUCGCAAAACGAUAUCCGUAAACUCCUACCGUGCUUGUGUGCUGGAGACUUAAGUGCUGGUGUGCAAAGCAGUUCUUCGAGUUCAGAAUGUCUACUCGUUUGAUUUGAAUUGUCAAAGAAAAAGAGAAACCGAAUUUCUCUGCGGCUACGGGGAUUGGGGUUUCCAGCAUACAGCCCGAACACUGACAGCAUCCACUCGCCCUGAGUUUGUGUCGUGGUCACACAGACGGGAUAUUAAUGGAGUUAGAAAAUAUUGUGGCCAACACGGUGCUUUUAAAGGCGAGAGAAGGCGGGGGCGGGAAACGGAAAGGACGAAGCAAAAAAUGGAGGGAGAUUCUGCGCUUCCCUCACAUCAGCCAGUGUGGAGAACUACGCAACAGUAUCGAGCGGGACUACUUCAGCCUGUGUGACAGGCAGCCCAUUGGCAGGCUGCUGUUUCGGCAGUUCUGCGAGACUCACCUCAAGUUCCUGCGGUGCAUCCACCUUCUGGAUGCCAUGGAGGAUUAUGAAGUGACAUCAGACGAGAAGAGAAAGGUGCGCGGUGAAGACAUCAUUAAGACGUUUUUCACAAAAGGGUCACAGGAGUAUGUGCCGGAGGUGGCUGAAUACUUCAUCGAACAGUGCAAAGAGAACCUGGAGCUCAGCCCUUGUAAAGAGCUCUUCAACGAGUGCAGAGAGGCGCUCCACGAGCAUUUAAGCGGAACACCCUUUUUAGAAUACCAGGACAGCAUGUACUUUGACCGCUUCCUUCAGUGGAAAAUGUUGGAAAGACAACCUGUCACAAAAGACACUUUUCGACAAUACCGAGUGCUGGGAAAGGGAGGUUUUGGAGAGGUAUGUGCUUGUCAGGUACGAGCCACAGGGAAGAUGUAUGCCUGUAAGAAGCUGGAAAAAAAGCGAAUCAAAAAGAGGAAGGGAGAGGCCAUGGCUCUAAAUGAGAAGCAGAUCCUGGAGAAAGUGAACAGCAGAUUUGUGGUUAGUUUAGCGUACGCCUAUGAGACCAAGGACGCCAUUUGUUUGGUGCUGACCAUAAUGAAUGGCGGGGAUCUGAAGUUCCACAUCUACAACAUGGGCACCCCUGGCUUCGAUAGGGAGAGAGUGGUGUUUUAUGCUGCAGAGAUCUGCUGUGGACUGGAGCACCUGCACAGAGAAGCCAUUGUCUAUAGGGAUUUAAAACCAGAGAACAUUCUUUUAGAUGACUAUGGGCACAUUCGGAUAUCUGACCUGGGCUUGGCCAUCAAGGUGCCUGAAGGAGAGCUGAUUCGAGGCAGGGUGGGCACUGUUGGCUAUAUGGCCCCCGAAGUGAUCAACAACGAGCGCUAUGCCAUGAGCCCCGACUGGUGGGGGCUGGGCUGCCUGAUCUUUGAGAUGACGGCGGGCCGCUCCCCCUUCCGGGUGCGCAAGGAGCGGGUGAAGAGGGAGGAGGUAGAGAAGCGGGUGCAGGAGGAGCAGGAGGAGUACAACGAGAAGUUCACCGAGGACACCAAGAACGUCUGCAGGCUGCUGUUAACUAAAGAUGCGAAGUUGAGGCUUGGGUGCCAGUCAGAUGGGGCAGCAGGGGUUAAAGCUCAUCCUUUCUUCAAGAACAUCAACUUCAAGAGGCUUGAGGCUGGCAUCCUGGAGCCUUCCUUCGUGCCUGAUCCCAGAGCUGUGUACUGCAAAGACGUCCUGGACAUUGAACAGUUCUCCACUGUCAAAGGGGUCAACCUGGACCAAACUGACAAUGACUUCUAUGCCAAGUUUGCCACAGGCAGCGUUUCGAUUCCCUGGCAGAACGAGAUGAUUGAGACCGAGUGUUUUAAAGACCUGAAUGUCUUUGGACCACAAGAAACAAGGCCUCCUGAUUUAGACUGGAAUCACCUUCCUGAACCGCCUCGACGCAGCCUGCUGGACAGACUCUUCAGAAGACAUGCACCAGAGAACACCUUGGCUUACAGCAAAAUGUCUUCCAGUGUGAAUUCUGUGGACUCUUUAGCAAACUCUGUCCCCUAGUGGCCAACAAAAGUAUGACAUGCCAAGGGGGAAUGAUUGCCCCCACUCCAGUACCUUUGAAGAAAAGACAAUUUUAUUAAACGAAAUAACAAAAGGAAAAAAAAGUCACCUCACAGGAUCUCAGGAUUAUUGCAAUGGAUGGGAGACACAGAUUCAGGGGACAAUUUUAAAAGAAGACCGCUGCAGGGAAUUUAGUCGGUGAAUCUUUGUUUUCUAAAAAGAACAAAUGCAGAAUAGAAGACUCAACACCACCAACCUCAAGGCAAAGCUUGUUUGCCUUGCAUACUCUCAGGCCAAAGAUUUUUUUUUAAUUCUUUUUAUUUUUUUAAUUAAUUUUAUUAUUAUUAAUGUUGUAUGUGGAGUUUGUUUGUUUUUUUACAAAAUGUACAUUUGAACAGAAAAGAAACUGCUAUAACCGAUUUUAAAAGAAGGUCUGCUUUUUUAACAAAGUGGAUACCAUAGCCAUACAUAAUUCAACGAGUACAAUGGACACCCAACGAGCACAAACCCUUUUCAUCUCCAUGAUUUGGAGAAGCCACCUGAAGUACAGUAGAGUGACAGGGCUGCUGUAUGGGCUGGAGGCUGCUGUAGAUGGUGGAUUAAGACUUGAGGUCACAGAGGCGAUAGAACUGCUCUCUGCUGUGGUCUGGAUGGAAAAAGUCUGCUGUCUGUAGAAAUCUAGUAUCAAACUCCCAGAAAGCACAGAAGAAAGGAAAAGGAGCAGUCCGUUCUGAAAAGCUCUAGGAGGAGCCUCAAAAUGUGGAAAACACUAAGGAAACUUUUUUUUAGAAGAAGUCAGAGAUUUCUUUAGGGAAGGGAGACAAUUCACUUUGGUCAAUGUCAACAUUGCAAAUACAGUUCGGUUAUGGCUGGGAUCCUAGGAAUGAAAAAUGCCUACAUUUUUAGAAGAUAUUGUCCAAAAUCCAAGUUUAUAUAGCACAUUUAUAUAUAGUUAUCACAUUUUGUUGGCUGGAUACUGGCAAUAGUACAGAUGAGCAGUAGUGCAGGCAGUCACCUGUCCUUCUACCAAAAUCAAUCAAUAUUAUAUUGAUUAAUACUUCACUUGUAUUCCGUUUCUGAAUAGAUGUAACCUUAAAACCAACCAAGUUCGGCACUGAACUCCCAAAAGAAGAGAAAAGAAAAUAGUGGGUUGUGCAGUAUAUGGGAGUAGUUUAAUUAAACAAUCAAAGCCUAUUUGUGCUUCUAAUUUCUGUGAAGUAUGUGUGGCUGUGUGUUUGGUGUUGAUACAGAAAUAUCACUUUGAUAUUUUACCAACUCUUUUUGAAGCCAUACCAAUGGAAAGCAUAGAAUGUACCACUGCCAUUGGCAAUAACUGCAUUUCUUGACCUUGUUACACAAAUAAGUAGGAAAGUAAAGUGUAAGCUUUUAAAAAAAAUACAGAAACAAUUGUGCAUCAUUUCAAACCCAGGUGUACACAAAAUAGGUAACCAACAGUACACUGCAUAAUAUAAAAAACCCAAAACAUAUUCAACCAUAUCCAUGUACCCUUUUUAUAUUUUCCUUUUUAUCACCGACAGGUCUAAUGUACCAACUAUAGAUUAUGCAGUACAACAUACAUGAAGCACUUUAGUUUUUGUGAUUGUACAUCAUUGCUAUUUAUGUGUUGAGCUGCGUUCAUAUCAGUUUUUAAAAGAGUGGAGGUUUCAGUAUUUUAUAAAUAAUUCAAUCAACAUUCUGAAAGCAGAAGUAGGCAAUGGUGAAAACAGAAUGGGAUAUCUAUUUGAAAGAGCUUUCUUCUGAUUACAUUUAUUUUUGAUGAUUAAAGCUUUUAAAUGGUAGGCGUGUUGCAAAUGACAUUCUAUGACACAGAAGAAAGCUACCAGCACUGAUUGUUAUGUGAAGAAAGACCCAUAUCUAAGAUGAGAACACCAGGUUUGGUUAAAAUACAAUCGAUUAGUAGAGGACAGACAGAGAGGACCAUCUUAAACUAUUGUACCAGCUUAAAAAGCUUGAAUGUAAUUUGUGUCUGCUAAUCUAAUGUGUUCCCAAAAAUACAUGAAAUUGGAUGCAUUUCCAAUUAAUUUACAAAAUACUGAAAACAGUUGUUUUUUGUUAGAAUGUGGUGGAAAAAAUGAGUGAACCUCCUCUCACCAUCACCACCACACAAGACACAGAUAUUCUUAGAACCAAAUGUCUAUGUCCUGCAGUUUACAUAAAGACAGAGGCUUGAGGUGCCUUCAGGGAAGUGUGGAGUCAGCUAAUGUGAUCUAAAGACAAUUUGCCAGGUUGGGAAGAUACAAUGUGCAAAUUAACAGUUGAGGAACUGAACGGAAGAUCUGUUUUUUAAAUGUAUUUUAACAGUUUAGUCACUUUACAAAACAAUUGGUAUCACACACAUAUGCAGGAUAACAAAACUUGUAAAGUUUCCUAUAUAUGUAUGUACUUAUAAUUUGGCCAUAUGUGCUUUCAAUAUCUGUUCCUUAGAUACUGCCAGAACAUCAGAUCCCACCGGAUUUUAAUCCAUGAAUGCAUUUCAGGAAGGCGAUGCACAUUUUCAAUGUUAAAACGUUCAAAUAUCAGGAAGAACGUUCAUUUAGCAAAAAACAGCUCCUGCUAUAUACUAAGCAUGUUGUGUUAUUUUAUUGUAUCAGUCUAGGAAAAAAGUUUUUUUGAAAUAUUUAAAUGUUUUCAUUUGAUUUGCGUCAAGUGCCUCUCUGCAUCCAGAACAAGUCAGGCGAGGUUCCAUAAAGCCAGUAUUGAACAGUUGCACUCCGAUUGAAAGUUUUCAUGUUUUCCUAAGUCAGAAGGUAGCUCCAGUAACCAGUGAAAGAGCCUCCUCAGCUUGAUGUAGACAGUGAGCUCCCAGCAGCAUGAGAAUCCAAUCCAGUGGUGCAUGAUGUGUCUGGCAACAGCACCACUGCACUGGACGAAACCUUGUAAUGAAACUUUGUAAUGUGCCUUGUAACGAAACUCCCAAUAAAACCGGUGAUGGCCUGAA